AAAGCCAGUGACGGCUGCAGAGCGCCACGCCCGUCGGCAUGCAACUCACCCCUUUCCCUGCGUGGAUAACCCAAAAUGUCCGCUCGCCAAAGUCACUCAAGCUGUUGUUCAGAUGCUGGCUCGCGUCCUGGCUCGCGUUCGUCCUCCUGCUCCCGGAUAAAUCACUCCAAACUCUUGGGAAUGCGGCUUUCUUUUCAGUACUGGUCAGCCUGAUGCUUCCGCCAAAUAUGCCAGUGCAAAUGUUCAUCUUCGCCAUCGCCAUGCUCUACAUUGGCCUGCUCCUUGGCUGGGCGUUCGGUGCCGCGGCAAUGCGAGCAUCACUCGCAGCGCGUGACCAGGUUCUUCUCCAGCACGCUUUUCAAAAGGUCCAGGAAAGUGCUGCUGGUCUCUCUAAUCCUGAUGCCCUCUACCGGAUCGACAUCUUCCACGGUUACUUUCUCGAUCCUCGAUCAACUGUGGUCUAUGGCGUCUUCCUCGGCGUGUGCAACUUUCUAUUUGCGCUCCUCCGCGCGUACAUCCCGAAGCUCAUGUUCAUGUCCUUGUUCGCAACUAUUGGUAUCGACAUAUUCUGCUCCUACGCACCCCUCUUCCCUUUCGCUCAAUACACCCUCCUCAAUUCCGUUCUUAUCUCUUCUGCAGCCUAUACAGGGAUUGCGUGUAUCAUGAUCCUUCUCGUAUUCCCCGAAACCAUGGCCCAUUCCUACCUGGAAGGGGUGGAGUCCGUGUUAGGGAUCUGCGGGAGCUUGGUGAGCGUUCAGGAGGACGUCUUAUGUGCCGGUGCAGGAGAGGACAUUCCUAACGAGACGGAGACCAAGCCUGGCGCAAAAGCACAACAAGAAGGCCUACAGGCGGCAAAAAGCAAAAUCGACGGCCUGAGGGCGCAAGCCAUCGGGGGCCUGCAGCAGCUGGACGCCAAGACGAUGUUCGUCGACCUCGAGUUCAGCUACGGGAAAUGGAACAGCAAGGAUGUGAAGGCCCUGGCGGAGCCUCUCCGGCUGCUCACGGUGCGGGCGAUCAGCCUGCAGACCCUCUCGCGUCUGCUGCUGCGAAGCCAGGAGAAGGACUCGGACGUGCCCCGGAUCCCCCGCACGGCCGAGACGAGCGAGUCGGCGUCGACGUUCGAGGGUGCCUCUGUCCGUGCAGAUCACGCCGCGGGACUUUCGGCCAACAGGGACGCCUCGCCGGACACGCAGCUCCUCCUCCAGCUGUAUAGUGCGCUGAACCGCGAAGCCGAGUCAAAGUACUCCAUCCGUCCCGAGGACAUUCUACCGCUUCUGCGAGAAAUAACUGGCCCUCUUCGUCAAGCCAUAGUCGACGCUCUGGCCCAUACAAAGGGUGUCGUGGAAAGCGUGAAUCGGCGCAGGUGGGCCUUGGGAGAGGGGAAGGUCAAAGGGCAGCAGUCGUCGGAGCAGGACCUAGUCCAAGCUACCGCGGCACUGAGAAGGGAGCUGGAAGCCUUCCGCGGCGGAAAGUAUAAGGAGCUCGUCGAGCCGUUCGCGCCGCUGUUUGAGAAGACGGAAGGUGAAGAGGCGGCGUCGGCCCAAAGUGCGGGGCUGCUCCCGCUCCGUGCGCUGAAUUUUGCGUAUGUCUUCUCUGCGUCGCUGAUCGCGACGGCGGAGGCGACCCUUGGGCUGCUCGAUACUGUGCUGGGCAUCACGAAAAAGAGAACGAGGAGGCGGGUGUGGGCGCCUACGGGGCUCCGGGCGCUUGGCAAGCUCUUUACGAGGAGGGACGGGGAGGGGGAGGGCAAGACGCUCGGUGAGGACGUAGAUGUAGGGGAAGGAGAAGAGGGAGAGUGGGAGCGCGAAGCAAGACGUGAUCCGGACAGUCGCCCUCCGAAGAAUGCGUUCCAGCGCUUUAUGAACUUCGUUCAUGCAGUGUUUCAAUGGACGAAGUCCCCUGAGGUUAUGUUCGCUGCGAAAACUGUCAUUCUGACGAUCUGCUUAUGGCUGCCUCAGGUUAUUCCGAGGAGCGCCGCUUUCGCCUACGAGCAGAAGAGCGUCUGGGCAUUGAUCAUGGCUCAGAUGACACUGAAUGUGUACGCAUCUGACCAGAUAUUCAACUACUUUACACGGCUCGCUGGCACUCUCGUUGGGCUGGUAUUUGGUUUGUUAACCUGGUAUAUCGGUUCUGGUAGCGGGAAUGGAAACCCGUAUGGCAUCGCUGCGUCUAUGGGAGUGUUCCUGGUUCCUACGGUAUUCCUGCGGCUGUUCGCGCCUCCUGCGACUUUGUCAGGCGUGGUCACUGGAACUGUGACCGUGGCGCUUAUAGUGGGAUACUCAUGGAUUGACGGUCACCUGCCGUUGUACGGUAAUCCUGGUGUGGGGUGGUCUAUUGCUUGGCGAAGAUGGGUCCUAGUGGUCAUUGGUUCAGCAGCUUCAUUCAUCAUCAUGAUGUUCCCGCCCAAGUCGGGUCGCAAAGCGGUCCGGCUACGCAAUGCCACGACAAUCAAGAGGAUAUAUAACUUGUAUAGUCUGCUUAUUUCCAGAUGGAUUUCAGGCGCCGACGGGGCAGAAAGUCACGUCGGUACAGAUGGCAGCCUUGCCGGAGAGAAAUCCGUAGCUCCUGAUUCCAAAAGCUGGUCUACGUUCUUUCGCUCGGAUUUGGUGAGCAUUGCAGAGCAGCUGCAGGCUCUCAAGAGCAUGACGGCUAUCGCGAAAUGGGAAGGAAAUGUUCGCGGAAGCUGGCCGUUUGAGGAAUAUAAUCGCAUGGUGGAUGUACAGAUCCAAAUGUUAGGCAAUCUUGCACAGCUGGGAGGUGCGCUGUCGCAUAUGAGCGAGGAGUGGCGGCUUGCGUUCCUGAAGCGCACCAGAGCGCUUAAUCCCAAUUUCAUUACGGAUGUGUUGUCACUGUUUUCUCUUAUCUCUCAGUCCCUUCGUACGGGGGAACCUUUGCACGAGGUCCUUCCAAGCUCCUUAUUCGAAAGGCUUGCAUACCAUCAUCACCGGACCAGGAAGAUUCGAGAUGCACCGAUAGAUGCACCCCAGCUGGAACAGUUGCAGUCGUUGGACUACAUGGUUUAUGCGAGCGGAAUGAUUGCUGUACUGGAGCUCAUAGUGGGUCUGGAUGAAUUGCACGCUAUAACAAGGCGACUCUGCGGUGAAGUCUCCCUCAAGGGUUUCGGGGAAUGGAGGAAUGAAUAUCUCCGCGGAAUGGUAUAACUCUUGAUCAUAUGCGUAGUUACAUACUUCCGGCAUAAUAUACAUGAUACCCACUGGCUUCAUUCGGACGUCGACACGCAGUAACUGAUCUUCCGAC